CUGACCUGCAAGGAAGGUACUAUUGUCCAUGUGCACGGACUAUUCUGAUACAGUUGGCUUUGAAAUGGUCUGGACUAGUCCAAGAACAUGGAAAGCAGAUGAGCGCGAGAAGUUUAAAGGUCUUUCCCCAGAACACUUUAUACAUUCACUUUAUCCCUCAUCUCGCCUUCUCUAUCAAUCAACUUAUCAGAACACAUUCCCCCAAUCUUUACCAUCAAACUCAAAUCCUCUACAAGGAAAUUUUUGAGCAAAAACACUCACUCGGAUUACAACACUCACUUCCCAUAACAGUCACUAACACCCACCCGGUUUACAACACCCACUUCCCAUAACACUCACUAAAAACACCAAAGACAAACACCAAAGACACCAUGGUCGAAUCAAAUAUCACGCGCGCAACAUCCAAGAAGAUCAAAGAAUCCACCGGCGCCAGCGGUAAUAAAGAUAAGUUAGAAGACAUUGCCAUCACGAACGCAUUGAUCCCAUCGGACGGGCAAGCAGAUAUUGUUCGAGCCCAAGAGAGCAUAGCCAAACAAGCCCACGGCGGACCCGGACAAGCCCAUAGUGGCACAAGCCAAGCCCAUACUGGCAUCAGUCAGGCCCAAAGCGACUUUAGUCAAGCCCACAGUGGCAAUGUUCAUGAACACUCUAACGAUGAAAUACGAGCAGGUGACGUUCUGUACUCCUCAAUAACAGACAUCAGCGAAUCACGCAGAGAUCGAGCCCAUGCGGCAAUGCAUAUACCGAUCCCUUUAGACAAGAAUCACAGCGAGACACGCAAUGACCGAGCCCAAGUGGCAGUAAACGUACCGGGAGAAGCGGAAGAGAUAGUCGUAGACAGAUCCCCAGCAAUAAUUUCAUCAUCUGUAUCAUCGACCUUGAUGAACGAACGUCAGGAGAUGUGGAAUCGCGCGACCGCCGCCCAAGACGCAGGCGAUACCGCCCUUGCUGAGAUGCUGUUUAAAGCCAUUGGAGCAAUCACCUCGCAACGCUUCACGGUGCAAGAGACACCCAGAGCGAGCAACGUCGCAGAGCCGUUUGCAGUCCCGAAGUACAAUGGUUUGACCGGUGUCACAUACCACCCUCCUCAAUUGAUCCAACAUGCAGAUACAUCGUCCCACUCAGCUGCAAAAAAGUUCUUCCUGACCAAAGGAGACCUCGUUUACGCUAUCGGGUCGGUCACAAACCACAAUAGCGUCGGUUUCGCCCCUUUCCUAGAUGAAAACAUCAGGAAGCUGAGAUCACCGUUACCGUUGACCAUUUUCAACCGCAAAUGGCAACAACGAGCGAUGGCCCACCAUUUAGACAGACGCCAGAGAUCGGACGAAUCUUCGAACGACAAAGAUAAGUCGGGUGGCUAUAAAGGAUUCGCGUUUAUCCAAGAAUGGACCCAGACAUACGCGCAAUGGACUCAAAACCACCGAGCAUUCCGCAAGACUUUACACGACGUGUACAAGAUCAUAGAAUUCUCCAAGUUGCUUGGGACCCACAAGAACAACUGCGAUGAUAUAACAGAAGAGUUCGGGUUCAUGGUAGCUUUCAGAUACGACAUGGAAGUCCGCAACAACACUUUCUCACAUCGGAUCACGGACGAAGACGUCAAGAACGCCAUCCCAGACAUUUCUCAACGUAAGGAUUCCGUCGUAGAGCAAUGCUACAAUCAAUGUAGAAAUUUCGGAGAAUUAGACUGGGAAGAGAACCUCUACGCCCCAGGACUCUCCCACGCGAACUAUGACCCCCUCACAGGGUGCCUAAGACAGCAACGCCAGGCGCAAUUCCCCACCAACAAUCAUAUGAUAAAUAACCCGUACAUGCAACAACAUCAUAUGCAGAACAAUUUCAUUAACCAGAACUACAACAGCAACUAUCAACAAAGAAACCAUAACGGCAAUGGUGGAGGGCCGAAUGGGGGAGGACAGUUUUAUAAUCAAGGCUACAGCAAGCAAGGCAACCCCGAAGGAAAUAAACGCCCACGUGGCGGUUACCGCGGGUCCAAUUUCUCUGAGAACCCACAAGGCAAAUCAGACGGGCAUAGAAGGAAUAACCUGAAGUAGGUUUAGCGAGUUUCUUCUCAUGCGCCGAGUUUUUGUUUCCACAUUGUAAUGUGCCUACUCGCAUAGCAGUUGUUUAAUAUGAGAAUUGAUGUUUGUACGCUCGACGCACAAACUCAUCGCUGGUCUGAGUCUUUCAUCAUACUGUUUGUUCCACUUAUUGAUUCUUGAUUCUUAUUUCCCUUCGUUUAUGUGCCAUCUUCCUCGAUGAUCUAUCUCAACCGUCUUUAUCUUUUUUCAACUCGUUUGUUUCUGUAACUGGAAUUCACAUAUGAUCAAAUGUGUGAACAGUUGGCCUAUUCGCGC